AUGGCGCAGCGGUUUCGCGCGACGCGGGCGCUGCUCGAGCGGGACGCGUUCGACGGGUACGCGAGCGAGUAUCACGGGCGGCUCGACCGCGACGCCGAGGGCGUGGGACUGUGGAGCCUGCGCGCGAACGACGCGAGCGACGAAGCGUUCGCGGUGGUGGUGACGCACGUGAGCGACGUGACGUUCGGGUACUUUUUGAAACUGUUGGCGGGAGAGCACGGCGAGGUGGAGUCGAAAAUCGUCGUCGCGGUGAACGCGUUUUGGACGGGGCGAGGCGAGGAGGUGGGACAGCCGUGGGAGUUUGGGUUGAAGAAGGCGGCGAGAGCGUGUUUGACGACGGACGCGUGGGAGAAGGUGUACGCGUGUCGUCGAACGAGAUCCGCGGCCGGCGCGGAGGGAACGCUCGUGCGAAGGUGGCCGGGGAGAUGGUAUUUGUGGAACGACGACGGAUCCGAGGUCGUGAAAGAGUGGGUCGACGAACCGAGCAAUCGCGAGAUGGCCGAGGCGUUGAACGCGCACGCGGGGGUGAUGGAUGCGGUGGGAUUUAAUCGAAACGCCGCCGACACGAGUCGCGACGACGACGUCAUCACGUGA